AUGUAUAAUAUUCUAGCUGUUGAUGAUGAUAGAACAUGUCUACUUAUACUCAAAGAAUGGCUCGAAAAAUGGGGUUAUCAAGUGACAACAGUAGAGAAUGCACAUGAAGCUCUAAGCAUGCUUGAGAACAAAUCUUUUGACCUGGUUAUAACGGACAUUCAUAUGCCAGAGAUGAAUGGUUUUGAACUUCAAGAACGAAUUAAUCAAAAUUUUAACUUGCCGAUCAUUUUGAUAUCAGCUGAUACUAGAGCUGAAGUUAUGUGCAUAGGUAUUAAGAACGGGGCUGAACGCUUCUUUGUCAAGCCAUUAGUGGCCAAUAACUUUAAAGACAUAUGGCAGUUUGUCGAGUGGUGGAAGAGAACUAGGAGCAAUAACACUACUCCACUCACACAAAUUAAUGGAAGCUCAGAAGAAAGUCGGACAGCGGUAAUUGAUAGUCAUAGAGACAAUGAUAAUAAUACUCUUUCGGGUAAUACAACUGGGAGAGGGAGAAAAAGACUUGUUUGGACAAGUGACCUCCACACCCGUUUUGUGGAAGCUAUCUUAGUUAUUGGUUAUCAUAAGGGGUCUUCAAGGAGAGCUAUAUAUGCAACUUUGAUGCAAGAACUUGAUUCUUCUACAAAUGUAGCUUCAACGGGACUCGGAAGUGUUAAUUCACAUAAAGCUCACACUCAAAACAUGGGUAGUAUAAUUGGAAGCAGCACUUCGAAUUUUAUCCAUAAUCUUAGUUAUUCGACCAAUCAUAUGGACUACUACCAUCAAAACCCUCUUGCUCAAGAGCAUGAAAACUAUUCUAAUAGUGCUAACACCAAUAUGCCUCUUGGUGGAAAUCAUUUUACACCUCCUAGCAAAGUUCACCUUGAAAAUAACUUCCAAUCUUAUCAAUUAGUCGAUGUGGGUGAGGAGGACAACAAUAAUUUCUCUCAUGAAAAUAACUUCCACCAUGAUCAAUUAAGUCAACUUGAAAAUAAGCAUGGAGAUCCAAGUAUGGGAAUUUCAUCUGGUGGAAAUCAUUUUGAAAACACCUCAGCUAUGGAUGCACUUGAGCUUGAUGGUAAAAUAAUGACAGAUGAAAGCUGGUUCAACAAUAUUGGGGGAGAAGGUGACAACGACUACUGGUUAAAUAUUGAAUUUGAUGAGGAUGUGGACAAGGACCAAAAUCGCGGAGAUAUAUAG